CGCGUUUCUGCGUUCACUCAGCCGUUUACGAUUUGUACCAGUCGCAACCAAGAAAAGAAGUCCUCAAGAAACUUUCGUUUGUUUUGUACGCUUGACACACUUGGAUAGGAUGGAAUGAUUUCACUUUCAUAGUGAUAUUUAGUAUGUGACAAUCGUCAUGCAAGAUACAUAAGCCGAAGAAUAAAUGCAAGUUUUGAUGAAACCAAUCACCUCAAGUUCUACAUGUUCUAAUGGUUUAGGAUAAGGAAACAGAAACAAUAAUCUGAUCGGGAAUCAAAACAACCGUACAGUGAAAGAGAUCUUCACCUAGCUAGCUGUCAUUUGAAAUAACAAAUCGACAAUGAGACCCUCUAGUCCAUUGCCAAUAACUACUGUCACCAGACAUCAUCGUAUGUUUUCUCAUGAUGAUACCAUGACUGGGGAUUCAUCACGAUCAUCAAGCUUGCCCCCUCGUGCUCGGGUGUCAUUCAGUGGUAUCAACACACUAGCACCAUGCUCAAAUGAGUUUCAGAAAAGUCUCAACGACUUACAUCGGAUGGAAGAGGACAGUGACUUCGCCGAAAAUAAACUUACUCUGCCCGUUAUCCAGCUUCUUAAAUGCUCAGAAAACGACCGUAGUCAUAGGAAAACUCGACCAAGCUGCUGGGAUGAUGAUAAUGGGACGGGUACAUCUGAUGAUGAUAACACGAAGAGCUGGACAUCACUAAGCAAUGUUGGUACACUCGUCACGUUGGAACCGAAGAAAUGGAACCGUUCUAAAGCAAAAAGUGAACAAUUAGAGGUUGAGGCCUGUGACGAUAAUAUUUCAGUUCGUUCUGAUUCUUAUAUGAUAUGUAAUACUUCACCAAGUGUACGACGAAGAGCAAGACAGAGUAUGAAGCACGAAGGAGGUAUCAAAGAAAGGUUAUCGAGAAAAGAUGAAAGCAAAAGAGGACAAAAGACAUCUCUGGAUCUUGAACCGUCUAUGUGGAAGAAUGGAUCUCGUGGUCUAUCGCCCUUGUCACGAACCCAACAGAACAAAGACAAUCCAGUUUGCCUGCCCAUGAAUCGUAGCAAAUCUGCUCAUACCAGUCCUCAGCGAGAGAGUCGAGAAAUCUACCAACCGGGCAACAAUAGCGCCCCCAACUCACCGUACGGAAGUCCCCUUCUCAAUCGUGCGAACAAAGGGAAACGUGUUCCCAAUAUCCCUAAAUGGCAGAAGCCAUUCAGCUUAUCAACAUCACCACCAACAAGUAGCUUAACAAACCAGAAUAUCAACCCAAUCCUGGUCAAAAUCGACCCAAAGUCAGGAUCUUCUAGACGAGUCAAUAAAGACAAUUCUAGAUCGUUUAGACUGAGUGAUUUAACUCUCGAAAGUGCAACCAGAGGCAGGCAUGUUACAGUCAAUUUAGAAGAGGAAUUUAAACGGUUAAAAGCGUGCAGAUACUUACGUUGUCAAUCAGAUGGAAAGGGAUCAGAUGAAGAUGUGUUUACAUAGAAUCAUUAACAAACAUUUGAUUAAUGGGAAAAUAUUAUACCAACCAUGCCAACAGGCCAGCUACCAAUAAUUUCAUUAUACAAUUGGCAGACAGUAUUCAAAUCACCUCUUAAAAUGGAAGUUACCCCAAUAGAAGACUCCCCUAACAGCAAUUGAUUGAAAUAAAAAGAAAAAAAAUCAAACAAGCGUAAUGCUGAAAAUGUCAUAGAAAUCGGAUAUAAACAAUUUUGAAGAAAAAAAAAACAAUGAGACAGUAAACAAUGUCACUUUCUAUUGAAUUACAUGCAUGAAUAGUACAACAUUUACAUUGCAUAUUUGGAUAUCAAAUCAUAAUUGGUUACAACACAGGCAAUCCACAUAUAUGUUCCAUGUGUUCAGAGAAGAAUCAACCUUCGUUUGCUUACAUUAUAAAACAAUUUAUUAGAAUAUUAUAUAUGUUGCAUACAAAAUAUAAAGAAAAUAGUAAGUUGGUGACAUCAUCGGCUUCCAUAUUCACAUACUGACCAGGGGGGGGGGUGUUUCAUAAAGCUGUUCGUAAAGUUACGCACAACUUUACGCAUGACUGGAACAUGUAUCUUACGAACAGUUUCAAGAAACACCCACCAAGAAGAACAAAACUUUGAAAUGUCUUAUAUUCUUCAUCUAAUAUUGAACUAGUUUGAUUUAUCUAUUUGUUCGGAAUAUAAAUAUUGUUGGUUUGGAUUUCCACUUUAACUUUCGGAAAAAUCCUUCUAAUAUUGUCGGCAAUAAUAAUUCCAGUUUAUUACUCAAUCGUGUACAUUAUGCGAAUGUCUACUUCCUAACUUAAUAUAUAAGUUGAGAUGAAACAUUUCAGUAGAUGAACAUAUAUUUUGUGAUUUAACAUAGCAAUAAAUUGUAGUCGGGACCAAUUACUUGUGUUUUUUCUUUGUCAUUUAUAAGCGUUUCUCAAGUUCACAAUUUUUCACUUGCUCAAAACUGUCUGCAAACUUAUGAUAUUUUUAACUAUGAUGACAUGAUGAAAAUCCACCUUGAUGCGAAAUUCGACUGUAUUCACGUUUUUGUUUGAAUGAAUAUAUCCCAUGCUUCCAAAUAUGUUAAAUUAGAUUUAACAGAUAGAGUGGAGGCUCAACAUUAUAUAUAAUCUUAAUAAAUCGAACAAGACUAA